AUGAAGCUCUCUGCAUUAUUACUUCUUACAGCGCUGCAGCUAGCAGUUGUACCUUCGCCAAUUGGAGCAGCUCCCAGCGAUUGCAAAGCCAUCUCCACCGACUCGACAUGGCCUACUGUCUCGGUUUGGACUGCUGCUCUUCCCGGUAUCGAGGCCAAGCAUGUGGAGGAUGUCGGGCGGCCGGACUACUUCUACACGGCGACAAAUGCGACAGGCGUUCAGGCUGCAGUCAAGUUUGCUGCCGCGAACAACCUGCGAUUGGUAGUCGUCAACAGUGGACAUGAUUUCCUGGGAAGGAAUGAUGCCCCCUCGGGAUUGAGCCUUGAUAUUAGCAAGUUGACUGGUGUAAAUGUUCUUACAUCUUUCACUCCCGGAACCACCGGUGCCACUAGCCCCAGCCCAUCUGCUGCCGCCAACGUGGUUAAGCCUGUCGCUGGCCAGCAGGCAGCUGUUACUUUCGGUGCCGGAGUGAGUACGCAGGCCUUAAACGACGCCAUUGCCGCUUCUGGACUCUUCACGCUUGGUGCUGCUCACGGUAGUGUCAAGACCGCCGGAGGAUGGGGACAGGCUGGUGGUCAUGCACCACUCUCUAGCAAGUAUGGUCUCGGCGUGGACCAGGUUUUGGAGUACAAGGUCGUCACCGCGGACGGCAAACUGGUCAUCGCCAACUCCAAGACGAAUACCGAUCUUUUCUGGGCCCUGAGGGGAGGAGGAGGAUCCACAUUCGGUGUGGUCGUCGAAGCCACCGUGAAGGCGUACCCAUCACCCACGGUCACUGUGACGAACUGGUGGAUCAAUGCCACCGAUGCCGCAAACCCCGGCCAGGGAUUCUGGGACGCCGCCGCCUACCUUCACAGCCAGUUCCCAGCGCUCAAUGCCAAGGGCGUCCAGGGGUACUACUAUGUCUACCCAGCCGCCAUGAAGGGUAUCUUUCUCACCGCCGACACUGACGCCGGAGAGGCCAUCUCCAAGGCUCUCUGGGACCCUGUCCUUACGAAGCUCGGAUCGUACUCCGGUAUGUUCAAUGCUACCAUCAAAUUUAACGACUACGCCAACUACAAGGCGUACUUUGAUGCCCGCUUUGGGGCCGAGCAUGACGAUGGCGGACAUGAGCACAAGAGGUGGUUGGAGAAGAGACACGGCGAUAUGACCGAGCCCAUGGGAAUCACCCCCAUGGAUAGCCGUCUCCUGGGACAAACCGCCCUACAGAGCACCGGCUUGGCUGCCGCCCUCAAGGCUGCCAUGCCCCAGGUUCCCGAUGGACAGCUCCGUGGUCAUCUUGUCGGUGGUGGAAAGGUUAUGACGUCGACCGAGGACACUUCCGUCCUUCCCGCGUGGCGAAAGGCCUACGUCCAUCUCAUCGGAACCGGUGUUGGACUCGUCAAGACCGACUCCCUCAGGACCUUGGCUCCCGACAUGGGUGCAUACGUCAACGAGGCGUCCUCCACCAACCCCAACUGGAAGACCGACUUCUGGGGGACCAACUACGCAAAGCUCUCGACGAUCAAGACCAAGUACGAUCCCACGGGCGUCUUCUGGGCCACUCCCGGGAUCAACGCGGACCAAUGGGCCGUCAAGGACGGCCGUCUCUGCAAGUCCACAACGUCUUCCGAUGCCGUGGCUCCCGCCAACGACAACAAGAACUACGCCACGCGCGGCUCCUCCAACGAGGACAUCCUGUCCGCCUUCCCCGGAACCUCAACCGCCCCCGGCCAUGACCACGGUGAUGAGGGCGAGAACUGCGAGGAGGAUCCGCACUCUGGACACGACGAGAUCCCCGCGGGUUUCAUCCAGGAGCCCGACCUCGACUAUCGGCAGACGCCUACCACUCCCGGCGCCACCUUCACCAAGACCCGCCAUGGCCCCUAUAACAUGGACGCCAUGGGCAUGAUCGCGAACCGCCCCAUCAUCAGCCCGCAGAAGCCGUGCAGCAAUUGCUACGUCGUUGCGCUCCAGGCCGGACUCGAGUACGCCGAUGGCACCCCUGCGAACGUCGAUACCGGCGCGUGGCUCCAUCAUAUGGUCCUCGUCAACGCCGGCACCGGAAAGUAUGAUCUCGUCUGUGGACGUCCGUCCCCGAAGCGUCUGUAUGCCGCCGGUAACGAGCGCACCACGUCCCGUAUCAACGGCUCGGGCAAGUACGGAUUGGCCAUCGCUUCUUCGGAUAGGCUCAUGAUGAUCAUGGAGUUGAUGAACGAGUCUAACGUCGCAAUGACCGUGUACCUGACCAUGACCUACGAGUGGAUCCCGAUGUCCACAUCCGGCUACAAAGAAGCGCACACGGCCUGGCUCGACGUCGGCAACUGCGGGGGCUCCGACGUGCCAGCAAAGGAGGGCGUAUUCGAGCUCAAGUCCAACGGGUGGCGGUCCACCGUUGCGGGCCGGCUGCUAUUCGCGAGCGGGCACGUGCACGACGGCGGGCACGAGACAGCGAUCUUGCUCAACGGAAAGGAGAUCUGCGUGUCGCGCCAGCUGUACGGGAUGAAGCCCGGCUAUACCGUGCCCGAGGGCGGCCUUCCUGGCGGCAGCGGCCAUGACGACGGCGGACAUGGACAUGAAGCUUCGAAACAUAUCUCGACCUCGGGCAUCUGCAAGGACUAUGGCACUGUUAAUGUUGGUGAUACCUUAACCGUUGUGGCGAGGUAUAAUACUACCAUGCACCCGCUCAUGCCUGGACAUGAUGGUACGCCGCAUCCGAUUAUGGGUAUCUCAAGGACGUACAUCGGACCGUAG